UAAUGACAGGAAGUGUUCCAAGGCACACGUGGAUAAGCAGAAGUAUGGCAUUUUCAUCGUCAAGUUCCAGCUCUGAAAGUGAAAUAGAUGACAUUGUCGAAGCAGCGUUAAUAGAAAUGAAGACUACGUUAGAUAAACGAAUUGCACACGAAAAUGAUCUUAAACUUAAAAAUAUUCAAUUGGAAGAUGGAACAUUUAUAAUAGAUAAUAAACCUUCAUCUUUGACAAGAAGUCCGUGCAAAACUACUUUUAUGACACAUAAUGUUAGUGAAGAGACUUGUGAAAGACUACAUAUAUCAGAUAGUUCUGAUGACGAUAAUGUUAAAAAAAUAGAAGUACCUAAAAAGGGACGAAGCACAAAGUUGGCAUCCUCAUUACAAGUGAGUGCUGAUCUAUCUGAUUUGUAUGUAGAUGUGAAUACUGCCAAGAAGGCCAAAAAUAUAGCUCCUUCCUCCAGCAAAGUAUUCAGCAAGCUGGACAGAGAUGCUGAGGUAAUGAAGAAGAGUGUAAUAACCCCCGACUUUGAGAAGAAAUUUGUCAUACCUCCGUACCAGGAGAGUUUUAGACAAGAAAAGAAACAAAGGAAGGUUGAGAGAGAAAAGACGAAAGGCAAAGGCUGGUUUGGUCUACCAGCAACGGAGCUGGAUGAUGAAAAGAAGAAUGACUUGUUAGCAUUACAAAUGAGACGAGCUCUUGAUCCAAAGAGGUUCUACAAAAAUAAUGACCUUAAGGGUCUUCCAAAGUACUAUCAAUUUGGAACAGUGAUAGAAAGUCCUACAGAGUUCUACAGUGCUAGGAUACCAAAGAAACAGCGAAAGAAGACCAUUGUCGAUGAAUUAUUAGCAGAUGCUGAAUUUAGAAAGUACAACAAACGGAAAUACACAGAGAUACAGGAUGCAAAACGACGUGGAAUAGGUCCCUACCAGCAUAUCAAAAGAAUCAAGAAACGAAAAAAAUGAAGUACGAUGUACACAUAUGUACACAUAUGUUGUUUGCAGCAAAAGUCCAUUAAAACAAUUCAUGUUGGCCUGUACAUGGUGCACCAAAAAAAAUUUCUUUUCCUCAUUUGUGCACUUUGUUUUGGGGAAGCCAUUCUUAAUUCAACAAAAGUAUUUUGAUGUCAGGGUUCAUUCAUAUGCAGAUUUCCUUAAAAACAAGUCAAACGUAAACAGACCAGUUUAUGGGAUAGCCUGGUUCACGCUUUUUCAUGAUACCAUCCACUAAAAAGGACAAUUGAAAUUGAUUGCUCUUUGACGAUAAAUUAACCUGUGACAAGCAUGUUAUUUGUCAAAUUGCGACAGUAAACCAGAUGGUCAAAUACAACAUAGUUAUCAACAAAUUUUAUUUCAGUAUUCAGUAUCCAUUUAUUUCAUAAAUUAUUUAAUCUUUGGCCAAAAUAUGUACAGGAGAAUAUUUAUAUUACAUUAAGUAAGAACAAAACCAAAAGGAAAUGCUCAUUAAUAUUUCCACUUUAUUUUUGCACGGUAAUUUCACAAAGUUUUCAAGACUUGCUAAUUAGAUUUUUUAUUUUAUCAUUUACCAAAGUUGGUUUAUGGCACAGUAAUUUCACAAAGUGCUCCAUUCCUGUUAGCGUUGCUGCAGGGUCGGUCAAACCAGCGAUGCUUUUUAGCUUUGUUCAAGGAUGCACAAUCUUGAUUGUUAUCGGGUUCUCCAGAAGCCCAAUCUGUGAACGUAGCUUGGUUACCAUUACCUUGCCACACCCACUGAUCACCCACAAACUUGAGGUCGAUCCAGAAGCUGUUGGCUAUGCACACUACAAAACAAGUGAUAAUAUAUUAUAUAGGAUACAGAGGAAAACAACAAUACAUGUAUCAGACAUUCAUCUCUCUUUCUGAAGGAAUUGGCUGGAUAUUAAAAAAUGUUUUAAAUGUACAACAUCCAUAUUUAGUACUGUCCCAUAGAACGGUGUUAAUUCUUAGGACAGUUAAAAAAAACCCCAACACUUUAACAUUUACUUGCAUUGACUGUUCAGACAAAUUGAAUUGGUUACAUCACAGUGCAGCACAGGAAAUAUGUUACUACAUGUAAACAUGAUUAUAUGACUCACAUGUUCUGAUGGUAUCCACCAUCAGGGCGUUCUUCUCCAGCGUGUCCAGUGUGAUGAGGGCGCCACCAGCAGCUGCACAAACCACUUCUGCGCCUGCAUAGAUCACAAUGGUGGUGCUGGGGUGGUAGCUUCACAACCAUCGCCAGACUCCAAGAAAGUCAAGUCUGGAUCCGCAUCGCAAGCAGCUGAAAGAAAAUAAGCGAUCCACUUCAACGAGUAUACUGUCAGUCAUUUUACACACUUACCUUUCCUUUGUUAAUGCUACAAAUAAACUUGUUCGGAUAUAUUUUGUACAAGUGAUGACGCUUACAUGUACCUUGAACAGUGGAACUACUUUUACAUAAGAGUUCACCAUGUAUAUCAACAAAACGUAUACACUAGAGAUAACCAGCUUAAAUAUGUUUCAUAUUUGAUGAGAAGAAAAGCAACGCUAUGCUUUGGACAUAAAAUUCUAACGACUGAAGUAUAAUUUCAUUGCAGCAGAAAUAAUCGGUCCCAAUUAUAGAUGUUAGAUUUUGAACAUUAGGGUUAGUCAAGGUAUUUUAAAUUCUAUAUCCAUGGGACCCGCUGACAUGGAUUUUCUUUAUUUAGAAUAUAAAUAAAUUUGAAAAAGGGUUAGUCCAGCGGCUAAGUAAGGCCCAGAAUCUGAGAGAAUCAUUAACUUUUUCAGGAAAACAUGAAGCUUGACAUGGUGGGAUCAAUUUAAAAAUAGGACACAAAAAAAUUAUUCCCUCUGGUGGCCGCCAUUUUGCCAUCAGCCUCAUUUAUAUUGAAAAGCUCACAUUCUAAGGCAGAUAGAACCAUUCAAUCAAGAUUAGAUCAAUAAUCCGGAUGUGGUGAUGAAAUGUAACGUCUUCCAGAGGUCGUCGAGAGGAUUACAUUUUUGGAACAUUGAUAUAUAGAUAUAUAUAUAUACAUGUGUGUGUGUGUGUGUAUAUAUAUAUAUAUAUAUAUAUAUAUAUAUAUAUAUAUAUAUAUAUAUAUAUAUAUAUAUAUAUAUAUAUAUAUAUACACACACACACACACACAACAAUUUUCAUGUCUUAUUAGUUACCUUGUACAUGAAUGGUCAUAAUGGUAAAAUUGUUUGCUAUGAAAUCUAAGAUGCAGUCACACUUCUAAUGAUUAUAUAAUGAUUAUAUAGAAAGAUUUUUAUGUUAAAACAAAGGACUAUAUAUUUUUGGCAAGUAUAUGUGAAGACAGUUUUGCCAGAAGGUAAUACACUCAUGUAACCAGAUAAUAGCACAGCUGAUUACAUAAAAACUAAAACAAAUAUGUCUCGAGUGUAAACAUUAUUACACUCGGGACAUUAAAAUCAAGUUUACUUUCAAAUUUACAGUAUUAACAAAUAAUCCGUGUUUGUGAGUCAAUGGCGUAGCCAGGAUUUUAUACGGGGGGGGGGGGGGGGGGGGGGGAUCACCCACACUGUCUACAAGUCGUGUUUUAGGACGACAGGAAAAUAUAAAAGGUGAUGAGGGAAAGAGGUGGGAUCGGAGAUGGGUUUGGUUCCAUGUGCACUCCUGGUUAACCAGUGGCGGAUCCAGAAAAUCCAUUUAGGUGGGCCCCAAUGACAUGAGGCAGAAUGACAAGGCAACUUUGGGGGAAAGUUUGGUGGGGAAUCGAUAAAAAAAUGAAAAUUAAUAUAUAAUAAAAUUAUAACUGUUGCAAAAUUUAGGGGUCCCGGGGCCCAGCCCCCCCCCCCCCCCCCCCCGAUCCGCCUCUGUUAACCCAGUGUCAUGAAUGGGUUAUGUUCAAUCUUGAUUUCUCUGAUUUUAGAAGAAAAUAAUUUCUAUUUAAAAGAGUGUACGAGUAUGUGCUAAUUAGGCAAAAACCAGUCUGGCCCUCUACAAAACUGGGAGCCCGUACGUUUAUGUUUUGUUAUAUUACAGCCAACUGAGUGCUCAUUUGAAGGGUAGAAAGAGUAAUAAAAAGCUAGCCAUUUCCAUAA